AUGUCUUUUCAAAUUGUCCCAGAUCAGUUAGAAGAGGUAGAAGAAGAUGUGAACACUGCAAUUGCAGUUGCUGUUUCAACUAAUAGAAACGCACUUAUGGAAAUUGGUAUAAAUGAAGAAGAAGAAGGAACCCCAAUGUCUCAAAGCACCAAUAUAGAGGGCCAGCUACAAACACAACAGAGCUACAGCUCAGAUACAUUAUUUCCGGACGAUGUGCAGUCGUUCUUAAUUAAUCUUAAUGAUUCUAUUACAAGACGUGAUAUUGAAAGAAUCCGAUAUUUUCAUGAGAAUUCACAUAAUAACCUGACUUUUAAAUACUACAUGAAGUCCCGAUGGCCAAAUCCAUCAGUAGUAGAAAAUUUAAUUGAUAGCUUUAGCUAUUUUUCAGAACUAACCAAACUUUUGUAUACUGAACAGUAUUAUCGUCACAUAUUUGCCAAAUUCCCAAAUCAUGUUAAGUGGAUAGAUAGAGUCUCAUCAUGGAAGAAUUAUAUUGCAUUGUUUAAUUAUUUGUUAUUCAGAGGGCAUUCAAACACUGAGUCACAAGAGGUACAAGUACCUAAUUCUUUAAAGGAGUACUUUGAAAGUAACGACUUGAGUACAAAUUAUGAUCGAGAAGAUGAAAUAUGUUUGCCUCCCGAAAUGAUUAAUGGCAUAAUUGAUGAAUUUUUAUAUCAGUUUCAGGAUACAUGUAGAUACAGAACUAGGAUAGCACAUGUGAUAUCAAUGAGCGAGCAAAGCCAAAAUGAGGGAAGAGCAGCAAAGGUGGAUCAAGAUGUUUGGAGAUGCGAUAUUAUUCUCCAGAUAUUCCAGUCCUUUGUUGAUUUAAGCGAGAUAAGAGCACUGAUGAGUACGGAUGGUGCGGUUUCCCAGCAAGAUCAAUUACAGGCUUUAAGUUCUGUUGAUUUAAUUCCAAUUAGAUACCAACUUGGGUACUUCUCAAUUCUUGGGUUAUUACGCCUACAUGCGUUACUUGGAAGCUACUAUAUUGCAAUUGAAAUUUCAAAUGGUAUUGAUCACCAGAUUUUCCGUCCAUUACUGUGGAAGGUUCAAACAGCUUAUGUUUCUUAUUUGUAUUAUUUAGGAUUUUCGUAUAUGAUGUUGCAAAGGUACAUUGACGCAAUCCGAAUUUUCCAACAGAGCACAGUCAGCUUCACAUCAAAUGCAAUGAAUUCCAAUAAUUCUUCGUCCCAUUCUUCUCCAUACCAACAUGAUGCCAUAGGAAAGUUUGUUGACAGAAUGUCUUGGUUGAUGCUCUUCUGCCAGCUUCUCUCCUAUGGAAAUAGUUCCAACUUUAAUAGAAUGGAGGAGUCUUUAUCACACCAAAAUGACAGGAAGACAUCUCCGUCAUUUUCCCCACUAGGAUCAGACACUUCAAACUGGAAGGAAAUGUUGUCAAAGGUAUCACCUAGAUUCAUAUCCCCAAGUGUACCAGUAAUAACUCCAAGAGAUCAGAUGGUAAAGACCGAUCAGAGCGAACCCCAGCAAAGGCAGAUGCAGACGUUCUCACCCCUUAUGCACCUUUACGAAUUGAGUUCAAUGAUAAGAUCUUUCACAAAGCUUUACAAUAAUUUGAAUGUCGAUACUUUGGCGAGCCUGAUGCACAUUGCAAAGAAAAAUGGCAAUUUGAAGUCCCGCGAGGUGAUUAAGUCUCGUGGAGGAGCUGAUUCUCAAACUAAUGAACCAACAAACAAUAUUCCUUUAGUAUCUGACGACUUUGAAGUACAGGAGCCAUCAAGCAUCGCAAGAUCUCAAAUAAUUGCAAUCAAAAGCAGAUCUGGACGCCAAAGGAUUUGGAAGUCAGGAGAUUUACAUUCUGGUGAACUGGUUCCAUUGAAUGGAGAUGUUGACCUACUUCUAGAUCUAGAUACAAUACAUAUUAUUGAAGGAAAGCAGGUUGAUAAAUUCUUUGGGGAUAUCUUCGCAAAGCAAAUUGUUAAGGCUCGCAACUUACUUAGACACAUCGACUCGCUAACGAGUAAAAGCUCAGACUUAUCCUCAAAGAGGGAAAAGGCCUAG